GCGAUCGAAGAAGAUGGUCCUAGGCCUCUUGGUAACAGAGAGCAGCAGCACCAGUAGCUUCAUCGAUCUACUCGUCUCAACAAGCGCGCAUAUACAGUGCUCAACGAUGCAGCCAACCGAGGAUGUCUCGCCCACCUCCGGAGCGCAGGUGCCCCAGGCUAAAGACGAGGAACGCAAGAAGGCGCGAUCCAAAACAUCCAAGCCUGGUUCCCCCGAGCGCCGUAGCCCGAAGAGGCGAGUCCCCAAGGAGCGAGACGACUUCGACAUGCGUCCACCGGAUCGUAGCCCAAGCCAUCGAGCGGGACGGCGAGCUCCCCGGCAAGGAAGGGCGCAAGAUUCAGGAGUCAGAGUUCACACCGCCCGCUGUCCGUUCAACCGCAAGGACAAAGGCCUUCGCCCCGAGGCACCUUCGGACGGGGUGUCACCGACGGGAUCGCCCCGUGCAUACGGUGCUUCCGGCAGCGACCCGGCCGCCGCCGCGGGCAGCCUGCGUGUGUCGCCGAUGUCGCAGGAAGGGUACCUGAAUGGUGCGCAGAGCCCACCAUGGCUCCCAUCGAGCCCGUGCAGCUCCAUGCCGCAAGUUUGGAGCCUAGCUGGUUCUCCUGGUACGCUCGCGAGCUCCGCAGCCUUCCUCAGACAACCUGUCUUCAGACCGCCCCAGUUGCCCCAAGAUCCGUUCUCCCAGGUGACGCCGAAGCCGUACCAGGCCUCUGGACCUCUGUGCGUCACUCUGUGCGCAUUAACAACGGUUGUGCUUGCGACGAUCGUGACAGUGGCGAUAUUGAAGGCUUCCUGGCAUACGCCAGCGCCAUUAUCGAGCGCGUGCGAGACGCAUGCCUGCCUCGCCUACUCGAGACGGCUCCGCUCCUCCAUCAACGAAUCGGCGAACCCGUGCAACAGCUUCACGCGUUUCGUUUGCGACGGCUGGCGGAAGGAGCACAGAGGCACCGUGUGGGAGGAACAGUUCCGUUACGUGCUUGACAAGCUUACCGCCUCACUGAAGGACAUCACCGUUCCGCCGUCCGGACAAAACGAGGAGCAACGGGCAGCCGCCGUGUACCGCAGCUGCGUGUCGCUGUUCGAAGGCGGCAGGGACGAUCUGCCGGCCGUCCGGAAGGCGCUCGAUGACGCCGGCAUCGUGUGGCCGCAUCCGUCCACGGACGCCGACGUCCUCUACACGCUCAUGUACUGCUCCCUCAAACUGGGCUGGGACGUGCUGCUCAAUUUUGACAUCGUGGCGAACAACAGCAGCCGCCGCCGCAGUGCGGUUGAGCUGAUCGCAGGUCCGGGCAGGCUGUUUUCAUUCCUGUACGAGAAACACAUGCGCCUGCACUUCAAUGGUGAGGGCGAGGCGAACUUCGAAUUUCUCAAGGAGCGCUUUCAGCGCAACAAUACGGCCACCUUAACGUACAGUCAGACGCAAGGUUCAGCGUACCUUGCGCUGCAAAAGAUCUUUUACGCCGGGGCUAUGCGCACAGGCAGCGCUGAAAAGUUAAUUCCGGAUGCGUCGGACAUAGGCCUGACCGAAGCCAAGUGGACGGCAACUCUCCGGAAGCUUAACAUGAGCCUGGCCGAAGAUCCCUUGCUGACGACGACGAAUGUCGCUUAUGUGAAUGCAUUGCUGGAUCUCUGGAGGUCGAAUGGCUCGGACUCGUUCCACACACUAGUGUCUUGGUCCACGGUUCAAGUGGCAGCUCUUUUCGCAAACAGGGAGCUCAUUUACAAUUAUUACGGUGAUAACUACAAAGUGGCUCAGGUGCACUAUGGCAUCUUCUGUGCCACCAGAGCCAUGUUCUUUUCCAGGCAGGCACUGUUUGCGAGAUACAACGCUGAUGUUUUCCAGGGCAAGGCAGGGCCCAUUGCGAGAGAACUGGCGCUGUCGGUACGGCUUGCCUUCUGGCGCCGUCUUUCCAACUGGACCUACUUCGACGAGAACAUAACCGUGGUAGCCGACUGGAGCUCUCUUACCACAGCGUUCCACAACUUCGAGAAGCAGAGCGAAGAGAACGAAACCGUUGUCCGAGGCCAGGUACCGGACAUGACGGAUUCGUUGUUGAGCAACUGGCAACAUUCGGCAGCAGUCAGAAACACACCUGAAGUGGAUCAGAUGCUGUUCUCCAUGAUUCGCCUACGUUACUACGUCCACUCCUACGGGAAGAGGGACUUCCAACUGAUGCCGUAUGCCCUGUCCUUUCCUCUGUUCGAUUCAACGCUGCCACCUUCUGUGAACUACGGUGGCUUCGGAUACGAGGUCACGGUAGCGCUGGGCGAAUUGCUUCUAAGCGCCUAUAUAUACGACAUCGGAAAAGUUCCCGAAAUUGUAUCCCUAUACCGUUGCCUGCUAGCCAGCCAAUACGGCAACGUCGAAGAUGCCGACUUUUUUGUGGCGCAAACUAUUGGUCUCAACGCUCUUGUGGAUGCUUACGAAAGAAGCGGCCGUGCCUUGGACAACGCUCUGAAAGGGCUCGAGAAAUAUCGCGGACUGCCGCUGGUGUUUAUUGCUCUGUGUUACGUUCAGUGCGAUGGCAGCGUGACUGUGGGAAUGGACGAGGCUGCGUGCAAUCUGCCGCUGAAGCAGUUGCCCCGGUUCGCUGAAGCCUUCGACUGCGCUCCAGGAGAGCCUAUGAACCCUGCGGACCGAUGCGAGCUGCUUUGAGCACUUCGGUGUGUUUGUGGUUGUGGCGCAUCUUUGAUUACGAUGGCACUUUUAUGUCACUGUAUUGCGUUCAUCGUUCGAACACUAUUUAUUUGUGGAAACCUAUACAUAAAUGUUGGAGCCAUGGGCCUCCCUCGUUAGGAGUAAAGACGGCAUUUUGCCUCUAUGUGCGCACUGACUGUCAUUUCCCUCGCGACGCCGUUAAUUGCUCAAGUGUUGCGCUGUUCUUUGUAUUACGUCACUCCUAAGCGGUGAUAAUUUUCAUAUGUGUUUCAGAUUCAAUGUACUGAUGAGCUCGGUUAGGCACUGCCCAAUGAAAUGCGGAUUGCCUAGGUGUUUGCAACGAUGGACUUACGAUGCUUCACAUGUCAAAACACAGGCAGACUGUUUCAGGUGACUUCGCUGCAAUUGUACUUGUGCUGUUUGUGAAACUGACUUUUGCGUUAGCUCGCGGAUAUGACUGCAGUGCAAGGCUUCUUUUUUCCUAAAUGCUUCGUUGACUACGGUCAGCGCAUGUGGUUUAUUUGCUCGGCUUUCCAGUUAAAUGUAUUUCACAAGGCAUCGUAAGGGGGGCCAAAGCUCUAUACAGCAAGAUGGAUAAGCGGGCGAUAAUUCACGUGCAUGUGUACUGUAGGGCAACGACAGAUUGUGAAACCACGGGAAAGUGUGCUUUGUCGUUUGGUCUUCGUUUACUCUAAUAAUGUGCACGUGACAAAAGAUCCAGCUCCACGAAGUGCGCAAUUGCUAUGCCGAGUAAUUUCGACAUGUGCGGGCACUUAUCGCGGCACGAUUUUUUUUUUUUUCGAUAGGUGGGCGGACACACAGGUUGCUUCAAUCCGUCGCCAUGGGGAAAGUAUAGUUGAUAAGCUGAUUGAUCUGCGUCGAGGAGCAUAUGAGCUCUGAGUGAAAGGAAAUCGUUAGACAAGUGUG